AUGUUGAACGAUAUCUUAGUUUUUAGCGUCGCGCAAAAACUUGACCACGCUACUCGGAAAGCAUGGAAGCUAAAAACCGGUGACAAUUCGAACAUUCCUUCGUAUGAGGCUCUCGACAAAUUUCUCGACACGCGCAUUCGUGCCUUGGAGGAAAUCUCUCCGGCCAACGCUUCGAAAUCCCCGCGCGCGCCUAAAGUGACCAGUGCGAACGCCACUGCCUCGGGUUUAUCGUGCCCACUCUGUCACGCAGCGCAUUUCAUUAACAAAUGUUCGCAGUUUUUGCGGAAGACUCCGAGUCAACGGCUCGACGUCAUUGUGAAAGCGAAGCGAUGCGUCAAUUGCUUGAGCGCCAAGCACGCUGUUCAGGCGUGUCCUAGUCAAUACUCGUGCAGAACUUGCCAAAGCAAGCAUCACUCGAUGCUGCACGUUGACUCGGCCUCUUCCUCGACUGCAUCCGCUGUCGCUCUCAAUAACGAGACCUCGUCGAGUGUAUUGUCGAGCUCUAUCGUGGCCACUUCGGUCGCGGCAUUGUGCUCCUCGUUGACCAUUGCCGCGCGUCCGCAAGUGUUGCUCGCGACGGCCCGCGUCACUGUCGGUGCACCGUCGGGUCGGACUCUCACAGUGCGAGCGCUCCUCGAUCAAGGCUCGGAGGUCACCUUGAUCACGGAGCGACUCGCACAAGCUCUCAGAAUGCGUCGCAUUCGUCAACCGCUUUCUAUUUCCGCCGUCGGCGGAACCGACGCCGGUACUUGUCAGUACGCCGCUCAGCUUGAGAUCGCUCCGAUCAAUCGGGCUGCUCCGGUGCUGACAACAACCGCGUCGAUUCUCAGAUCUCUUACUAAAUAUUCGCCUUACAAGGCCAAUUCGAGCUAUGAUUGGAGCUAUCUGGGCGAGCUGAGUCUCGCCGAUCCGAAUCCGAUAAGCGCUGAGCCGAUCGAGAUCCUUAUCGGAGCCGACUUAUAUAGUGAGUUGCUGCUUGGCGGCGUUCGUAAGGGCGCCCCUGGGCAGCCAAUUGCGCAGCAAACCAUUUUUGGCUGGGUUCUGUCGGGGCCCACGUCCGAGAUGUCGAUUCAAUCGCGAGCGAUCGCCGUUCAGCAUUGCGUGAGUUCGGACGCCCUAGAUCAGGAGCUAAGACGAUUCUGGGAAAUCGAGGAGGCUCCUCGACAAGCUCUCUUCAGCCCUGAAGAGCAGCAAUGCGAAGAGCAUUUCGUGUCCGCGCAUUCGCGCGGUGCUGACGGCCGAUACAUAGUGCGCUUGCCUUUCAGGCGCGGUCCGCCGAUCGACAUCGGCGAGUCGCGCUGCACGGCUGAGCGCUUCUUGCGAGGUUUGCAUCGCCGCUUCCGUCUUAAUUCCGCGCUUCGCGAGGCAUACACCGAAUUUAUGAGCGAGUACAAAACUUUGGGACAUAUGCAGGAGGUGAGGGGCGAUCAAAUCACCUCGCAGGAAGUGUAUAUCCCUCAUCACCCUGUCAUUCGCGACAGCAGCGUGACGACGCGGUUGCGAGUCGUCUUUAACGCGUCGAGUCUGACGACAAACUCGACUUCUUUAAAUCAACAUUUGCUCACCGGGCCAAAGCUACAAGCGGACUUGUCGGCUGUACUUCUCCGAUGGCGACAAUUCCGGUACGUUUAUGCCGCCGAUAUAACAAAAAUGUAUCGUCAAAUCAACGUGGACCCGCGUGACAUCGAUUACCAGCGAAUUCUAUGGAGCGGCUCUUCUUCAGAGCCCGCUCGAGCUUAUCAGCUCACGACCGUCACAUACGGUACAGCUUGUGCACCGUUUUUGGCGCUACGCGUCAUUCGUCAACUAGCUCACGAUGAGGGUAGUCCCUUUCCACUCGUUGCUGCCGUGCUGCAGCAAAACACAUACGUCGAUGACGUUCUUUUCGGAGCGGACGACAUUCCUCUUCUUCGUGAGGUGCGCAGGCAGGUAUGCGCGUUGCUUCGUCGCGGCCAAUUCGAACUGAGAAAAUGGGCGAGCAACUCGGCCCAACUCCUCAGCGAUAUAGCUGGCGCGGAUCACGGCCUAGCUUGCGAUAAGAUGCUUCAAUCGGAUGAACAUCUUAAAAUCCUCGGCAUCAGUUGGAGUCCGUCCUCUGACACCUUUCAAUUUAACGUAACCCUGCCGCAUUUCGAGAAAACUACCAAACGGUCGAUCCUUUCAACCAUCGCGAGAUUGUUCGAUCCGCUGGGGUGGAGUACUCCAGUUACAGUUGUCGCGAAGAUCUUCCUUCAGCAACUCUGGUUGCUCAAAGCAAGCUGGGACGAC